GCUGGCACUCCUACACGACAGCCUUAACUUGGCUCCAUCUUUGUCACCUGUCAUUGGACUGACCCGAGGACCACCAUGGUCACCAAGACGGUGGGUUCACUCUCACACCUCAUGUAACGGGGGCCGGGGUCAUCGCCCUGGGGCUUCUGGCCACUUUCUGUGCUGUAGUCAUGGCCGCCCCUGAACCCGGUGGUAGAUAUGGUGGCGGUGGUGGUGGUGGUGGUGGUGGAGGGGGAGGACAUGGUGGCGGCGGAGGGUAUGGUGGUGGAGGAGGGCGUGGAUUUGGAGGUGGAGGCGGCGGAUACGGUGGUGGUGGAGGAGGUGGUGGUGGAGGCCGUGGCUAUGGAGGUGGCGGAGGUGGACAUGGAGGCGGUGGCCGAGGAUAUGGAGGUGGCGGAGGCGGACAUGGAGGUGGCGGCCGUGGAGGUGGUGGUGGUGGUGGUUAUGGCGGCUAUGGAAAAUAAAACGGUAAACUUGUAUAUUACUCAGAUAUUACGUGUAAACGUUUAGAGUAUCUCAGACAAGUAUAAUAGUAUAUUAAAACUAAAGAAUACUUUAAUAAGGAAGAUCAUCCAAACACAAAGCUAUAAUUAUCUCUACUUCGAACAUCUCUUAAAUAUGUUAGUUGCCUAAUAUUAAAAUUUAUUAAUGUUAAAAAUGCUAGUUACAAGGAAAAUAAUUUUGCAAGUUGAAGUAUUUUCUGGCUACAGUGCAUUACCAGGAGACAGCAACGCUGCUGUGAGCUGCCUCUGUGAGCUGAUGCUGAGGGCUGAUGCUGUGAGCUGAUCCUGUGAAGAUCUUAUGAUAAUAAACUCUC